UGGUCUAUAAAUGUCAUUGGCAGAUUUAAUUUUGAGGAACCGGUAUUUAUAAAACAAAUGUAAACUUAUUAUAAUUAUAAAUUAUGGUAUAUUAUUGUUAAAAAUUACAUUUUUUAUUAUAUUCUAAUAUACUUGAGACUAUAUUAAGCAUAUUGUUGGUUCUAAAAAUAAGAAAAUGACGGACAAAAAAGAUUUACCUCGCCGUUGGUCAAAUAUCAAAAAAGUCUUAGAGAGAGGUGGACCAUUCUGUCAUCCAGAAUUUGAACCAUCAUCGCAAUUAAUGGAUCAAAUUUUUAAUCAAUGUAGAAUAUUAAUAAUUGGUGCAGGUGGAUUAGGCUGUGAAUUACUGAAAGACUUAGCUUUGAUGGGUUUCAAAAAGCUAGAUGUUGUUGAUAUGGAUACAAUAGAACUCUCGAAUUUAAAUAGACAAUUUUUAUUUCGGCAAAAAGAUAUUGGUCGAUCAAAAGCCGAAUGUGCUGCUGAAUUUAUUAACAAACGUAUUCGAGGCUGUCAAGUAACACCACAUUGUUGUAAAUUACAAAGUUUGGAUGAAGAUUUCUUUACGAAUUUUAAUAUAAUUAUAUCCGGAUUAGAUAAUAUUGUAACACGUCGAUGGAUAAAUGGACUUUUAAUAUCCACGUUACAAUAUUCAGAGGAUGGGGAAGUAGAUCAAUCAUCAAUUAUACCUUUAAUUGACGGUGGAACUGAAGGUUUUAAAGGUAAUGCACGAGUAAUAAUACCUGGUUUAACUGCUUGCAUUGAAUGCACCUUAGAUUUGUAUCCACCACAAGUAAAUUAUCCAUUGUGUACGAUUGCAAAUACUCCUCGAUUGCCAGAACAUUGUAUUGAGUAUGUGAAAUUGAUACAAUGGGGUAAAGAAGAUCCAUUUAAUGGUGCUGUUAUCGAUGGAGAUGAUCCUCAACAUAUUAAUUGGAUAUACGAAAAGUCAGUGGAAAGAGCAAAUCAAUUUAAUAUAUCUGGUUUAACUUAUCGACUUGUACAAGGUGUUGUGAAAAAUAUUAUUCCAGCAGUAGCUUCUACCAAUGCGGCUAUUGCUGCUGCAUGUGCGACAGAGGCCUUUAAAUUAGCUACGAGUUGCUGUGCACCGUUUAGUAAUUACAUGGUAUUUAAUAAUGUGGAUGGUAUUUACACAUACACUUAUGAAGCUGAGAAAAAAGAUGAUUGCAUUGGUUGUAGUCAGAAAUCACAACCGUUAGAAAUAAAUGAUUUAGAAAAAACAAAAUUAGAGGAUAUUAUUCAAUUGUUAAAAGAAAAUGUUACAUAUCAAAUGAAAUCGCCAGGAUUAACAACGACAGAUAUGAAUGGAAAAAAUAAAACAUUAUAUAUGGAGAAUGUACCAAGUAUUGAAGAGGCAACACGAAAAAAUCUUAAGAAAACAUUGUGUGAACUUGGAUUAGUGGAUGGUUCUGAGUUGGUUGUCAAUGAUAUAACGUCUCCUAAUUCAAUCUUUUUUAAAAUCCGAUCCAGAACAAUGGAUGUUAAUUAAUUUGUGUAUUUUUAUUAUCAAUUUUUAUAAAUGAA